CUUCCGAGUGCGUCACAUGUUUACAUAGUGUAGUACUUCAUGCUACGAAACCAGGCAACAUUUAUAAAGUUUAGGUUAGCAUUCAGUAUAUUUCACCGAAAUGUCACGUCAUGUUAUCGGCUUUAGUUCUCAAUGACUUUAUUACCAGGCGUACAGACGUUAAAUAAGCUUAUUAAUUGUGGAGUUAGUAUUACAAGUCUGUGGCUAGCCUGUUUGUUAGCCAAACAGAGUUAGCAUCGCUGGUGUUAGCCAUCUAGAGGAAACAGCUCCAAAUGCGUCUUAAGGACCCCCUGUCCUUGACAGCCGCCAAGAUGACUAAGCGGACAAAUAAACCAAGAAAACCUCGAGAUGAAGAUUCAUCAGAUGAAGUCAGUGGGUUGACUUGCCAGCAUGUGACAAAGGCAGUGGACUUGAGCUCAGUGAAGAAAGCAAUGUUAUCCAGCCUGUGGUUAGUGUGUUCUGAGUGUCCGAAGGAAAGGACGAUGAUCAACAGCGAGCCUGCAGCCUCUCAAGACAUCUUAGUCUGCCUCAAGUGUGGUUUCCAAGGCUGUAACCACUCGGGGAUCGAACACGCUGUCAAGCACCACAAAGCAUUCCAUCCUGAGUCACACUGCAUCACCAUAAGCUUGAGCACAUGGAGGGCCUGGUGUUUUGAAUGUAAUGAGGAGCUCUCCACUCACUGUAACAAAAAAGCCCUGGCACAGACUCUGGAUUUUCUACAGAAGCACGCUGUCAAGGCAACCUCUGGCCCAAAGAUCAUCAAACCGAGAGAGGAAGCCCCAAAUUAUAGUGACCCUCCAAGAGGAAAGAAUUCCGUCAUCAGCAAUGCAUUGGUUCCUGUUAAAGGCAUCAGUAACCUUGGCAACACAUGCUUCUUCAAUGCAGUUAUGCAGAAUCUGUCCCAAACACACAUGCUCAUUGACAUCAUCCAGGAAGUGAAGGAGAAAGGGUACAAACUGAGGAUCUGCCCCCUCGUUGACACGCAUCUGGGUCCGUUAUUAGUAACGCUGCCCAGUCCAGAGCCCCUGACUGCAGCCAUGUUUCUCUUCCUCCAAUCCAUGAAAGAUCCAGGAAAAGGUCCAGUCAGUCCCAAGAUCCUCUUUAAUCAGCUCUGCCAGAAGGCCCCACGCUUUAAGGGCUAUCAACAACAGGACAGCCAGGAGCUUCUUCACUCUUUACUGGACUCCAUACGAGUAGAGGAAACUAGAAGAGUGAAGACUGGAAUUCUCAGAGCUUUCAACAAUCCCACAGAGAAGACCGCAGAUGAGGAAACCAGGCGUCAAGUCAAAGCGUAUGGGAAGGAAGGUGUCAAGAUGAACUUUGUUGAUCGCAUCUUUGUUGGAGAGCUCACCAACACAAUUAUGUGUGAAGAGUGUGAACAUAUCUCAACUGUGAAGGAAGCAUUCAUAGACAUUUCUUUACCUAUAAUAGAGGAACGGAUAUCAAAGCCAUCCAACAGUGGAAGGCCAGGGAAAGGAAGCCGGGAACACGAAUCCAACGCGACACAUAAUGACCAGGGUCUUUCCACCGCAGCCAACAGAAACAUAAGGCAUCUAAGUAGACAGAAAACACAAGGCAGGAGGUCCUCCAGCUCGAUGGAUGGAAAGGGGGCAAGCUGUAGUCUGGAACAGCCUGAGGAGGAGAAGACUCCAGGAUCAGUCCAGCGCGUCUCUGCUUGCAAGAUGGCUGCGUGCGGAAGCCUCUCAGAUGGCAGUGAGAGAGACUCUGGUGCUCGGGACAGCAGUAACGAUGCUGACAGCGAGGCUUCAGAGAGCGAGUGGACUCCACGCACGUCAUGCUCCAGCCAUGUCCAAUCUCACUUAACACCCGUUGUCAAUCCAUCCCCAAUAUCUGUCUUUACCUCAUCAUCAUCCUCUUCCAGACAAGGUGGCACUGUAGAGCCACUGCUUAGCAGUUUGUCGAAAGUUAGCCUUGGCCUCAGUUCAGGGGACAGCUCAUCCUCUUUGCAAUGUUCUCCAGAGGAGCCUGCAGAAACUAGGUUGUGUGAUAGUCUCCACCAUCACUACCACCAGACAGCAUUCCAGGCUCUGUCCCACAGUUACACUCCCAGCUCUAAGGAAUGCUCUGUUCAGUCCUGCCUUCACCAGUUUACAUCCGUGGAACUGCUGAUGGGCAACAACAGGUUGCUUUGCGAGAGCUGCACUGAACGCAGACAGAAGCAGAUGCGCAAGAGCAGCUCAGCUGAUAAAAAGGUGGAAAAAAUCUACACCAGUGCAAGGAAACAAAUUCUUAUUUCCUCACUUCCUCCUGUCAUCACAUUGCAUCUGAAACGCUUCCACCAGGCAGGGAUGAAUCUACGAAAGGUGAACCGCCAUGUUGACUUCCCUUUGGUGUUGGAUCUGGCCCCAUUCUGUUCAGCUUCAUGCAAGAACCUGGUAAAUGAUGACCGUGUCCUUUACAGCCUGUAUGGGAUUGUGGAACAUAGUGGGUCCAUGCGUGGCGGUCAUUACACUGCAUAUGUAAAAGUCCGUGCUCCCCAGAAGAAAACUGAACAUCACAGGAACUUGUCAGGUGCCAAGGGUUCUAGCAGCAGCUCCCAGGGCCAGUGGUUCUAUAUCAGUGAUACUACAGUCCAGACGGUACCCGAGUCGAGGGUUCUCAACUCUCAGGCAUAUCUGCUCUUCUAUGAGGAAAUGCUGUAAUUGGACUGGAUCCAUUUCAUACCAGACACAUGGUCUGUGUAGUUACAUACUGUAUAAUGUAUAAUCAUUGGGGGGGGGGGAAGGGAAAAGAUUGGACUCUUUUCUUCAAUAGCUCAUUUGCACUUCUGUUUUUUCAUAAUUUAUAAAUCUGACAUUUGAUUAACAUUUGAAGGUGCUGUUGCUUGCAGAUUAACUCUGAGUUUUCACUUUUGUUUUGCAUGCGUCCCUCCUAACCAUACGAAGGAGUUUGAAUGUCUUAUCUGUCAUUGCUCUAUCAAUCACGUAAAUUCAUUUAGAAUAAUACUCAACAUUUGAUGCUUGAGGUACUGUAGCUGUGGUCACGUCAUAUCAGUGCAUGUUUUUGCACUAAACUGCUACUAAGCAGCAGUGGGUGAAAUCCAUGUUGUGCUCACAAGCAGAGGUCCUAGUCAGGUUCAGUAGAUGCUUUCUUUAGCCUGAAGGCAAUGGAUGAUUGAUAUUAUCAGUUGAUAACAAUACGUGCAGAAGUGCAUGGCAAAGUGUAGCUUAAGCCAGGUUUGUAUAACCCAAAUGCAACAAGGACACCAAAAUGCAGCAUAUUGAAAAUUUACAUUAAAAUACUGGUUUGAAUUUGCACCAUGAAGAAGGAUCGUUAGAACCAUAUUUGUUUCACUCCUUUUGCUAAAGAAUGUUUCGAUAUAUCACAUUGGCCAAAGAUAAUCUUUGUGGCUGCAGGUCAGAGCUGAAAGUAAAAAAAAAUAAUAAUAAUAAUCAAACACAAACUUCAAAAGUUUGAUUCAUUAGCAGUUUUUGAGACAUUUGCCAUUUUCAGGAUUUUCAAUAUUUUGGUUCACUCACAAACAUACUCCAUUUUCAUCAUAGCAAGUCACCUUGUUUGCCUUCAUUGUACAGUAUUUAGGUUGUACUGUAAGUAAGUGAAUUCAUGACAUCACUUAAAGUGUCUAUGCUGCUCCUAUCAGUAAGAUCUGAAAAAAAAAGGCUCUAAGCCUUACUAGAAUAACAUCUUUGCUGUAACGUGCAUGCACUGCUCUAUUGAUUACAAGUAUGUGUACCGGUACUACUCUUAAAUCAUCAACAUCAGUGAAUGAGAUAAUUAGUGUAAUGAGAUAAUUAUUGUUUUCCAGGUGAAUAUUUUUCUUGUUUAAACGUUUGCCAAACGGGAACUGGUUAGCAUGUGUAUCCGUAUAAAGAGGUCUAUAGAGUUUUGCCAGUUAAAACUAGAUUAAACAGAUUAUGUGCCUAAGAUUUAUGAAACGUACACGGUGGAAAGAAAACGUGUCGUAUUAAAUGCUUUGGUGGACGUGACAUUCAGGUACAGCAUAUAGCUUGGAAUAAUAGCAUAUGUAAAUGUAUUUUAAAAAAACAAUGCAAGAUGAUGGUGCUUGAGGCAUGCAGGGUUUUUCCAUGGACAACUCCUCAUCAUAAAAUAAUGAACAUUUGGUAUGCAUUAAUCUGUUACGUAUCGUAAACAAAAUAAAUCAAAUGUAU